GGGCAGUUCACUGCUAGGUGGGAGGAUCGUGGCGGUGACAGCGACGCUCGGAGUCUCCCGACAAAACUGUCAAAAAGCAAACAACUAACGUCAUGGCGGAGUUAGACCUGGAUCUCGUUGAUGCACUGACAGACGCUCCUCAGAUGGGACCGGAGAGCCGGGUGGAGCGGGACUUUGUGGCUCAGCUGGAGGCGGAGGCUUUUGACGAUAAGGUCGGCGAGACAGUGGGAAAGACGGACUACAUCCCCCUGCUGGACAACGAUGACCCCAGAGCAGACACGGGUACUUCUGCGUUGGAGAAUGGAGAGCAGGAAGCUCAUGGGGCACAAAAGCCUGGUUGUAAGCUGUCCUCAGGAGGACAGACAUCACUGUCACAUCCACAGCCUCAGGGCGAGGUGCGACCUCUCUCCCUGGACCAGAAUCAGGCCUUGGGCAUAGACUUCCUAUCAGCGUCCAUGGCAGGUUACUUAGAUCCUGUGGACUCUCACAGCAGCUCAGCUCAUAUGAUGGACACUGGUGUGAUGGCAGCUUUCUCAGGUUUCUCUCAACCCAGUGAGAUGGGCUUCAGUGUGGAGACGGGAGCUGCACCGCUGCAGGCGGAGAGACCUCCGAGCAUCGCAGAGCCCCAGCAGUCCACACCUGCAGCAGGGUCAGAGGCCCCUAAAGAGCACAGCCCCAUGCUCCCUGAACCACAGGUCCCUCGCAGCCCUGCAGAUGUGUCAUCAGAACAAGGUGCCUUAGGUGACCGCUGGCUAGACCAGGCCGGUUGUCUACCGACAGACCUCCCGUUUACCCCCAGCGUCUCCACGGUGAUCAGUCGCCAUGCAGGCCAUCUUGCAGCCAGCCCCGAUGACCCGCCUGACAGUUGGCCUGGCCGGGAAAGUGUGGCCUAUGCUGGAGGUGACGAAAGAGACGCAGACGGAUCAGACCGCAAACAAAAGAAGAAGAAGAAAAGGCGACAGAAAGACGAGGGCUCGUAUGAACACCCUGAGAGCAGAGGUCACCCUGAGAUGCAAGCGCAGGGAGAAAACACCCCUCCAGCUGACGAGUUCUACCACAGGAUCGGCCCACGGCGGGAUACAGUGGAGGGGGCCUGGGAGGAGCAGCUGGGGAAGAGCGGAGGCCGAGGGAAGAAAGGAAAGAGCAGGAAGAAGCUUCCAGAGGAGUGGGCAGUGAUGGCACAACCGUUUGUUCCUUCAUCUGAAACAACUUCUCAGAUCACAGAGAAGGUGAUGAUUGAUUUAGGGAGUGCAGCUCAUGCAAACCUGGAGUCCUCGUUCCCAGACAUGGACUCCAGCCUCAGCCCCUGGAAACAGGAGGUCUUCUCAGAAGGUCUGGUUCCUGCUCCUCUGUCUGAAGACCUGUUCUCCUCUACAGCUGCUCCCAUUAGCCCACUGGUUCUCAACAGUGAGCUGAAAGCCACAGCUCCUCCCUUCACGAUGCCUUCUCCUACCAACACUGUGAGUCUAGAUUCGGCUCCUCAACCACACGAUCCCUUUGAUCUCCUGAUGGAUACUGAACAUGUGAGCAUGCAGAUCUUUUCUACACCCGUUUCUUCUGAGAAUCAAUCAAAGGUUGGUGACACAGUUGACAGCAAGACGUCUGACAGGACCUCUUCCUUCCAAGAGUCUUAUGUGCAAGGCAUGUCUGAGGAAGAUACCUCAAUCUUCAGCCCCGCCUCUCAGCCGACCCCUGACCCUUCACCACAGGGUGAGGUGUUAGCCUCAGCUCCACCGCUGUCGCCCUCAGAUGCUUCAUGGCUCCUGAACGACUCAAACAUUGGCAGCAACAGUGAGAUGUUUGACUUCAGUGAAAUGAGCUCUUCAGGUCAGCCUCUGGUCUUAGGCUUGUCCUUCAACACCCCGAGUCCAGCACCUCUGCGAUCCCCCAAAACCACAGCGCAGGAAUUUCAAGCCAAACAACACAAAGAUGACAAAUCCUCUCAGAAACAAUCCAAGAAGUCUCGUUCUUCCUCCUCUUCGUCGCCAGCAAAGAGUCCCACCUCCUCGGGAGCGGAGAAUUUCCCUCCACAGGAAUCCCCUGUCGUCAGCCCCUCUUCCCCUCCACCUCUAAACCCUCUGGGCGCUCCAGGAUCUGCUCUUAACCCCACGGCUAAGCCCUUCUUUCCCAGCUUUGCAGACACCAUGGAAGAACCAGCUGUGGUCGCUGCACUUGCUCCCACCAUUGAAGGAAAAUCAGACAAGAUGGAAGAGUCGGAGAAGAAGGUGGAGACUCUCGGGGACGACGUAAAGAAGGUCGACCAGUUUGAGCCUCUGGACAAAGCUGAGCAGAAGAGUGUGAAGGUGGAAUUUUCAGCAAGUGACACUCCAGUCAAUGUAGAAAAGGAAGAGGAGAAGAAAAGAGCAGAGAAAGAGAGAGAUUUGAAAAUGGAGAAAGAGGCACAACAGUUUAAGGAGACAGAAAAAGUGGAAGAGAUGAAGAAGGAACCUGAAAAGGUGGAAGAGAUAAAGAAGAUGGACGAGAUGAAGAAGGAACCUGAAAAGGUGGACGAGAUGAAGAAGGUGGAGGAGAUGAAGAAGGAACCUGAAAGGGUGGAAGAGAUAAAGAAGGAACCCGAAAAGGUGGAAGAGAUAAAGAAAGAACCUGAGAAGCUGGAAGAGAUAAAGAAAGAACCUGAAAAGGUGGUAGAGAUAAAGAAGGAACCUGAAAAGGUGGUAGAGAUGAAGAAGGAACCCAAGAAGCUGGAAGAAACAUUGGAGAAAAUGGAAAUGGUGCAGCAGAAAGUAGAGAAAGAAGAUCAAAUGAAGAAGGGAGAAGAAUCACCAGAGAAAGCAGUGAAGACAGACAAAGUGGAAAUGACAGAGAUGAUGGAGAGCAAACCUAAGAAAGCAGAGAACAUGGUAACGAUGGACACCAAUGAAAAAACAGAGAAGCUUGAGAAAGCAGACAUGAAGGAUGUCAGAGAGCACACGGACAAAGCAGAGGAGAAACCAGAGCAACAACAGACCACUGUCACGUUUGAUACCGGCGAACACAAAGAGGAGAAGAAGAACGAUGUAGAUACAAAAGUCACAGCAGUGGAAGAAAAGACUGACGCAGACAAAGUCAAGAAGACAGAGGAGGACGUUUCUGAGAAGGUGGCGGGAAAACCAACAGUGGAGAGUGUGAAACAAGAGAAGCAGGACCAAACACAGGUGGAAAAAAAGACUGUGGACAAAAAGGAUGAGAAGAAAGACAAGACAGCGAAAGCAGAAGGAGACAAAGUCAAAAAAGCCAAAGCUGCAGCCAAUGGAAGCAAAGACCUGACAGGAGCUGACAAGAAGACCAAGUCUUUUGUCACGGCGACCAAACCGAGCACAGCUGCUAAAAUGCGUCCCAGCUCCACAGCUGCCAGCAGUGGCUCUGGUUCAGCCUCUGCUCGGCGUCUCACCCCCUCCUCCACCUCCUCCACCUCAGACAAAAAAACAACCACAGUAAAGACAACAGCCACAAACACUGCUGGCCCAAAGAGGCCAUCCAACCUCACUACCAGCCGCCUCUCAACCUCCACCACGUCUACAACACGUGAUGUCAAAGCCAAGACGACCACAGAGAAACGUCCCUCUGUGCCAAAGGUCACCACCACCUUCACCUCCACCUCCAAUCAAACAGGCUCCACAGCUGCCACCAAAAAUGGAACUGGUCCCACAGCAGCCAGUAAAACCACCACAUCAACUACAUCAGCACGGACGUCGGCGUCUGCUCGCACUGCUGCUGCCGCUGCAGCCAAAAAGCCUCUGUUGUCCAAGACAAACAGCAAAGCAGCAGAGGAGAAGAAGCCCAGCACUCUGAAGACUUCUGCAGCUGACUCCACCAAACCUAAGACCAGCACCAGCAGCCGCACCACUGGUGCCUCCUCCUCCACCACCACCACCUCCUCCUCUCGCACUCUAACCAAACCGGCUGCACCAUCCUCCACCUCCGGCUCUGUACCAGAGAAGAAGCCGCUGGUGCCCCGCGUCCCCCGGGCUGCUUCCUCCACCACCAUGAAGAGCACGGCUCGGCCCGGCACGGCACCAGCCCCCGACAUCCGCAACGUCCGCUCUAAGAUCGGCUCCACAGACAACAUGAAGCACCAGGCGGGCGGAGGAAAGGUGUCCUCUGCCUCUCAGAACAGGGCUGUUGCUCCCAAAGAAACGAGCCAGAGCAAAGUUCAGAUAGUCUCCAAAAAGCUGGACUUCAGCCACGUCACGUCACGCUUGGGCUCCAAGGACAAUAUGAAGCAUGUUCCUGGUGGAGGGAAUGUGCAGAUACAGAACAAGAAGGUGGAUUUGAGUAAAGUCACGUCAAAGUGUGGCUCCAAGGACAACAUCAAGCACAAGCCUGGUGGCGGCGACAUUAAAAUCGAGUCCCGCAAAUUGAAGUUUAAGGAAAAGGCUCAGUCCAAAGUUACCUCCAUGGAAAAUGUGAACCAUUCACCUGGUGGAGGAAACAUCAAGGCUGAGGCUGAGGCUGAGGGGGCCCAGGAGACAGCAGAGGGGACUGGGACCCCCCUGAGUGGCACCGAGGCCCCAGCCCCAGGCUCCGAGCCAGGGCAGGCUGGGGGCCCCGCUGCCCAGGAGAAUGGGCUGAAGGAUGGGGUUCCCUGUGUGAGUGAGGGCCUCCGGGAGCCCCAGGCUCUGGACUCAAGCAUCCCAGAGACAAGCAUUUAACUCUGGUUCCCUCCUUCCUCUUCACCUCCACCCCCACAACAUCACCUCCACCCAAUCUCCUCCAUGCUUUUUUAUUUUUUUACCUCUUUAUCUCCUCCUCCUCCUCUUCCUCCUCCUCCUCCUCCUCCUCCUCCUCCCCCCUCUCUCUAUUUUCCAACCUCUCUGCUGCAGAUUGAGUCUUUGAAGCUCAACUUCCGCAAGAACGCUCGCUCUCGUACGGACCACGGCGCUGACAUCAUCACGUGUCUGGCCCCCUAGGACAACAACCACCCCCGCCCACAUGGCUCCUCCUAUUCUCUACACCUCCACCAAUCACCAAACCCAGCACCUGACACCACGCAGUGUCUCCCUGUGUAAAUGGUUGGGGGCUGCAUGCUGUGAUGACCCCCCGUCGCCCCCCCCCUCUGCCCCCUCCCUGCUGCACCUGCAGGUGGAGGAGGUUCAGGGGAGCAGCAGCUCCUCCUUCAUGAGGUCAUAACCUGACUGUGCUCAGUAAAUCACUGAAAACCCUCUUCAUCUUAAAUCUGUGGUCACAGCUUUGACGUUGUCUCAACUUCUGCCCCGCCCUCACAUCUGCCCCGCCCACCUGUAGAGACUCAUCUGUGUGAAGGAAAACUUCAGGUCGGCUGACCUUUGCCCUCUCUGUCCUGUGCUUCACCUCUGCUCCACACGUCAAACAAUAGCCAGAUGUGUUUAUUUGUCCCGUGAACAGCAUGGAAACCCUUUCACACUCGUAAACCUCGUUCAGACGCAGUUGAAACAUCUGAUCUCAGAUCUGAUCAGUCAUGAAUGUGUCCACAGAUUCAUCUGCAGCAGUUUCAACUCUAAUCAGUGCUUAAACAUUCACUCCAGCUCCUCUUCAUUUAAAACAGCUGAUCUGUCCUCUCUCCACGUGAGGUCAGAUCAGCUGAUGAGGUCAGAUCAGCUGAUGAGGAUGGAUGUUCACAGCAGGUCUGAACGAGUGCUUGGUCUUUUUCUCGUGACUCUUCCCCAGUCAGUGCUUCAUCAUAAUUCACCGUCAUCUUCAUCAACACUUUCCACAAACAAGCUGAUAAACAAAAUAAAGCUAGACGACAUGUAGCUGUGUGAACUUUGUAGGCUUUAACUCAUGAUUCUCUGUGUUUGUGAUGUUGUGUUUGAGUGACUAAAUCAGCUUUGGUGUUGACUUCACAUCUGGUUUCUGUGUUUGUGAAACCAGUUGUCUUUUAUUUAUUGUAUCUUUGAUUCCUGUAUGAGCAACAGAGUCUUUACUCUCCUGAUAGAACUCGGAACACAACACAAACACACACUCACAGUGAGGAAGGACGUGACCUUCAGAGGGAAGGCGGUGACCUUCAGAGGGAAGGAGGAAAGUGAGGAGAGAAGUGUUCCUUUAGAAAGUUGAUGAGAGUUGUUUUUACGCCAACCUACAAGAGGAAGUUCAGUGAAGAAGAGAAGAUGAGGGAGACGAGGAAGAUGUGUCCGAUUAGUGAUGAUGAUGAUGAUGAUGAUGAAGAGGGACAUCCUGAUCCAGCUGUUGUAGGAUAUUGACUUGUAGUGUGUGUAUGUACGUGCGUGUGUGUGUGUGUGUGUGUGUGUUGGCAGUGGAACAUAUUGUGGCUUUAAUCCCGCUCUUGUGUAGCACCUGUUGCCUCCAGCUGCCUUUGUAAUGCAUGGUCAGAUUAAGAUUAGAUGAUAUAAUCUGAGCAGUGACUGUGAAUGUUGCUCCUCAGUGUAACUGCAGUGUUUCUUCUGUUAGUCACCUGAGACGAGAGCAGGUUUAUUUACAGUGAAUCAGACAAACAGAAAGUAACUCACUAACCACAGUGAAGGCUUUUCUUAACAUGUUUCCUUACUUUUAUGUUAUUAGUUUGAUCAUCUCAGUUUGAUAAAACAAUGCUUAUUAUUAGUUUUUUGCAGAAGUUAAUUGGUGAUUUAAAACCAAAACAAAGACUGGAUUAUUUCAUCUAAAUGAUUAUAAUAACACACUUUAAAGGUGAUCGAUGUGAAAUAUAAACAGCAUGACAAGCACAGUGUCUGCAUCUUUAUCAGUGAAACCAGUAUUUGAGUUUAUCAUGUUUCAUUGAUCAAUGAUGACUCAUCAUUGUUGUUUUAUAUCAUUUUUCACAUAAAUCACCUUUAAUUUGUACAGUUUUAAAAGUUAAAAGUCAUUUUCCAUGAAACAAACCAGGAAGUGACAGUUCGCCCACUGCGCGUUAUACAACAAAAUAAUGCUUAUAUCGUAUAUCACUGCAUAAAACAUAUCAAUCAGUUAGUUUAAUUGACUAAGAAUACAAUUUACUAAUUUUAACAAAAUAAAUAAAUGCCUUGUCAGAAAUUGUAUCAUAUCGUAGCUACAUUCACUGCCCCCUAGUGAUGACAUCAAGUAACAAUAACACUGAGUUUAAUUCAAAUUUAAAGUGAAGAAUGGUUGACACUAAACUGCACCUUAAUGCUUUACGAUUUUCUCAUUUAUGAUAAGAGAGCAAUAACCAGGCUUUUCCACUGCCUCCUCCUGAUCAAUCAUUCAUCAUCAGACAGUCGAACGCCUUAACUGUUGAAUUAAAGCUGGGAAGCAAAGAUCAAAUUCUUCAAACUGAAAUAGGCAAUAAAUUGUGGUUCAUGUUUUCAUGUUUGACUUUGUUGUGAAAGUUUUCCUCCUGGUGCCUGUUCACUGUCAUCACACACACACACAUGUAAAUAGAUGAAUUUACUGAUGAUGUUGGGGGGUCAUGUACCUUUAAUGGUUUCAAGUGGAGGAAGCAUUUUACCAUAACUAUUAUAUUCUCAUCAUUAUUAUUAGGAUUAUGACAAACUGAAAAAGUUUGCCUUUUUCUUUGAAAGGGGCCACUGAAGUGGAAGAAUGUCUUUGAGAUAUAUUAUUGUACUAAAGACGCAACGCUUUUGUAUAUGUAUUUAUGGUUGUGUUUGUGCCGUGAUGCUGACGGGGCGCCGUGACACUGACGUGGCGCUCACGGGGCGCCGUAACGCUGACGUGGCACUCACGGGGCGCCGUGACGCGUCAUACUCUCAGCUUCACAAACGUCACAGGAAGAUUUUAUUAUUUUGAUGUGGUGAUGUACGAGCAGCUUGAUUUACAAAUGUUCAAACUUCAUUAACACGUUAACAAGAAGAUUUCUAUGAAAACACACUAAUAUCAACAAACCCAGUCUUAACAGAUGAAAGUCAUAUUGGAUUAGCUCGUUAAACACAGCAGUGACCUCUCUGGGGUCACAUGAUCUCAUGAUGAAAGAAGUGAGAGUCUAAAGCAACACAAUCACGUGUGGUUUAUCUCUCUCACACACACACACACACAUUGGUUAGAGGUCAGUGUGGAAAAGAUGCACACUGACACACACACAUACGCCAACAAACAGCUACAGUUCCUGCAGAGCAUGAAAAACAACUAUGGGAUAUUUUAGGUAUUAUUAUUAUUAUUAUUAUAAUUAUAAACAUUUACAGAACCUCCUCGUGGUUUUUUGUUUUGUUUUUUCAUUCAGUUGAAUUUUAUUUUUGGUUUGAAAAAGUGUUUAUUGUGAUUACUUGUUAAUUAGUGAUGUGAUUAUUAAACAAAAUAAAAUAAAAUAAAACUCUU